AUGGGUGAACCAGCUUCUAAAAAACAAAAGAUUGCCAACAAUUCUCUAGCUCAACUAAAGGCUUCAGGUACUGUCGUUGUCUCUGAUACCGGUGAUUUUGAAUCUAUUGCUAAAUAUCAACCACAAGAUGCUACUACCAAUCCAUCUUUGAUUUUAGCUGCUUCCAAGAUUCCAACUUAUGCUCAUUUAAUUGAUAAUGCAGUUCAAUAUGGUAAGAGCCAUGGUAAGACUACUGCUGAAAAGACUGAAAGUGCCGUUGAUAAACUAUUAGUUGAAUUCGGUUCUGAAAUCUUAAAGAUUGUUCCAGGCAGAGUCUCUACCGAAGUUGACGCUAGAUUAUCCUUUGACACUGAAGCUACUAUUGAAAAGGCCAAACAUAUUAUUAGUUUAUACGAUGCUGUUGGUAUUCCAAAAGAACGUGUCCUAAUUAAGAUUGCCUCUACAUGGGAAGGUAUUCAAGCCGCACAAGUACUAGAAAGAGAUCACGGUAUUCAUUGUAAUUUAACUCUAUUAUUCAGUUUCUCUCAAGCUGUUGCUUGCGCCGAAGCUGGUGUCACUUUGAUCUCUCCAUUUGUUGGUAGAAUUAAGGAUUGGUACGCCGCAAAGACUGGAGAAGAAUACACUGGUGAAACUGAUCCAGGUGUGAUCUCAGUCAAGAGAAUUUACAACUACUACAAGAAACAUGGUUACAACACUAUUGUUAUGGGUGCUUCUUUCAGAAAUACCGAUGAAAUUGAAGCUCUAGCUGGUGUUGAUUAUUUAACCAUCUCUCCUGCUCUACUGGAAAAAUUAUUGAAUAGUGAUGUUGCUGUACCAAGAAAAUUAUCUCCAGAACAAGCUAAGAAGGAAGGUGAUGAAAAGAUCUCUUAUAUCUCCGAUGAAUCUAAAUUUAGAUUCGAUUUGAAUGAUGAUGCUAUGAGUACUGAAAAAUUAGCUGAAGGUAUCAGAAAAUUCUCUGCCGAUAUCGUCACUUUGUUUGAAAUGAUCGAAAAGAAAGUUGUUGCUUAA